GAGGACACGCGUCCGUUUGCAAACAUGAAGGUCUUAAACAAAGACGAGCUGCAGACCGCUGAAGGAAUCCUGCAAACGCACUUACCGAAGAGUUACAAGGUAUACGGAUUCCUCUACGGCAUUAACAGGAAUAAGGAGAGUACACUCCAGGUCGUGGUUGAUUCGUGGCCAGGGUUCAAAGUUAUUAUUUGCCGUCCUGAUCCCAAGAGCAAGGCUGCCCUGGCGUUCACGAAAAAAGUCACAUUCUACAGCACAGAUGAAGAGGUUUUGAGGAAGAUGUUGACUGAUGAAAACGCAAUUGACUGGAGCACUUAUUUCCUAGUUGGAGGAUUUGACAUUUCUCAUGCACAGAUGCUCAAAGAAGUGUCUGCAGAAAGACAAGUCAACAACAGAGGCUUUACAUUGGUGCAUCUCCUGUAUUUGCCAGAUAUCAGCUACCUGCUCUCACCACCUGCUGACAGCGAGCUUGAAUCAAGGAUUUCAUCUCUCAACGUCUCCCACACAGACUCGGUCAAUAAAACUUGGAAGUUUGGAGGGGAUGAGAAAGGGUACUGGAAUAUUAAAAACCUAAUCAGCAACUUCCCGUCCUGCUGCAUCACCGACAUCCAGGGUCAGCUGGUGGCUUGGAUGCUUGUGUACAACUACUGCGCCCUGGGGAUGUUGUACACCCUGCCGGAGCACAGGGGGAAAGGUUACGCCAAAGUGUUGAUCAGCACCAUGGCCAAGAAACUCCUCUCUGAAGGCUACCCUGUUUACUGCUUCAUAGAGGAGGAGAACAAAGUGUCCUACAGCCUUUUUAAAACCUUGGGUUUCAUUGAAGAUGAAUCUUACAGGGCGGCAUGGUUUGAGUUCAACUUUUGAAGUUGUAAACACACUGUAUAGGAUCUUUAUGCAUUAAUCUGUGAUUUAAAGGCGAUAUAAGACACACGCUUCCAUUUGAUAGCCUACACAAUGAUGAAAUCACUGUAAAGGUGUAUUAGUUGUUUGUUAAAUUUGAAGCUCAAAGCAACCAAAUCUGGACCAUAAUAAAGUGUUAACUGACCCUGUUAAUACAAUAACAACUCCAUGUUUUCAU